GUGGGCAGGGAGCCGGGCUCGGCCGCCAGCACUAAAGAUGGAGAGGCGCCGGGGCCUCGCAGGGGAGGGGGCUCGGCGUUGACGUGGGACGCGGCGGAGGCGCCGCAGCCGGUGGUGAUUUGCUAACCUCGCGGCAGAGAGGAGUUGAGGGCGAUGAGAGCGGGUACUGCGAACUGCCGGGCGACGCCGCCGCUGCCGCCGUGAUACCGAGAGCAACAGUUCCCCAGCAACACCCCUCCCCGACACAGGCACACACCCCCCAGCAGGCACGCACACCCAUCCCACAGCGCCCAGCUCGGCAGCGCCCUCUCCAUUGGCCCGGGAAGCCCACCCUGCCCCACCACGCAGAGCACAGAAGGAAAGAGAGCCUCAUGCCUGAACCGAGGGGAGCACCAUGGAUCUGACAAAGAUGGGCAUGAUCCAGCUGCAGAACCCUAGCCACCCCACAGGGCUGCUAUGCAAGGCCAACCAGAUGCGACUGGCUGGGACUUUAUGCGAUGUGGUCAUCAUGGUGGACAGCCAGGAGUUCCAUGCCCACCGGACAGUGCUGGCCUGCACCAGCAAGAUGUUUGAGAUCCUCUUCCACCGCAACAGCCAGCACUAUACUCUGGAUUUCCUCUCCCCAAAGACCUUCCAGCAGAUUCUGGAGUAUGCAUACACGGCCACACUGCAGGCCAAGGCGGAGGACCUGGAUGAUCUGUUGUAUGCAGCGGAGAUCCUGGAGAUCGAGUACCUGGAGGAGCAGUGCCUGAAGAUCCUGGAGACCAUCCAGGCCUCCGAUGACAAUGACACGGAAGCCACCAUGGCUGAUGGCGGGGCUGAGGAAGAAGAGGACCGCAAGACUCGGUACCUCAAGAACAUCUUCAUCUCGAAGCAUUCCAGCGAGGAGAGUGGGUAUGCCAGUGUGGCUGGACAGAGCCUCCCUGGGCCCAUGGUGGACCAGAGUCCUUCGGUCUCCACCUCAUUUGGUCUUUCAGCUAUGAGUCCCACUAAAGCCGCAGUGGAUAGUCUGAUGACCAUAGGACAGUCUCUCCUGCAGGGAACUCUUCAGCCACCUGCAGGGCCUGAGGAACCGAUGCUGUCUGGGGGUGGGCGGCACCCUGCGGUGACUGAGGUAAAGACAGAGAUGAUGCAGGUGGAUGAGGUACCUGGCCAGGACAGCCCUGGGGCAGCUGAGUCCAGCAUCUCAGGAGGGAUGGGGGACAAGAUCGAGGAGAGGGGCAAAGAGGGGCCUGGGACACCUACCCGAAGCAGCGUCAUUACCAGUGCUAGGGAGCUGCACUAUGGACGAGAGGAGAGUGCUGAACAGCUGCCACCCCCCGCUGAGGCUGGUCAAGUACCCCCUGGCCGACAGGAACCUCCGGCCCCUCCAGUGGAGAAACACCUGGGCAUCUACUCCGUGCUGCCCAACCACAAGGCUGACGCUGUGUUGAGCAUGCCGUCUUCAGUGACCUCUGGCCUCCACGUGCAGCCUGCCCUGGCCGUCUCCAUGGACUUCAGCACCUAUGGGGGCCUGCUGCCCCAGGGCUUCAUCCAGAGGGAGCUGUUCAGCAAGUUGGGUGAGCUGGCCGUGGGCAUGAAGUCAGAGAGCCGGCCCCUCGGGGAGCAGUGCAGCGUGUGUGGGGUAGAGCUUCCUGACAACGAGGCUGUGGAGCAGCACAGGAAACUGCACAGUGGGAUGAAGACCUACGGGUGCGAGCUCUGCGGAAAGCGGUUCCUGGAUAGUUUGCGACUGAGAAUGCACUUACUGGCUCAUUCAGCGGGUGCCAAAGCCUUCGUCUGUGAUCAGUGUGGAGCGCAGUUCUCCAAGGAGGAUGCCCUGGAGACGCACCGGCAGACCCACACUGGUACGGACAUGGCUGUCUUCUGUCUGUUGUGUGGGAAACGCUUCCAGGCACAGAGCGCACUCCAGCAGCACAUGGAGGUCCAUGCGGGUGUGCGCAGCUACAUCUGCAGUGAGUGCAACCGCACCUUCCCCAGCCACACCGCCCUCAAACGCCACCUGCGCUCACACACAGGCGACCACCCAUAUGAGUGUGAGUUCUGUGGCAGCUGCUUCCGGGAUGAGAGCACACUCAAGAGCCACAAGCGCAUCCACACGGGGGAGAAGCCCUAUGAGUGCAACGGCUGCGGCAAGAAGUUCAGCCUCAAACACCAGCUGGAGACGCACUAUAGGGUGCACACAGGUGAGAAGCCAUUCGAAUGCAAGCUGUGCCACCAGCGCUCCCGGGACUACUCGGCCAUGAUUAAGCACCUGAGAACACACAAUGGCGCCUCACCCUACCAGUGUACCAUCUGCACGGAGUACUGCCCCAGCCUCUCCUCCAUGCAGAAGCACAUGAAGGGCCAUAAGCCCGAGGAGAUCCCGCCCGACUGGAGGAUAGAGAAGACUUACCUCUACCUGUGCUAUGUGUGAAGGGAGGCCCCCGUGGUGGAACAGGAGUGGGAGCCAGGAAAGACGAGUUAGAGUGAGACGAAGUCGAGGAAGGACUGUGCAAAGAGAAAAAGGAAAAAAAAAAAAAAAAAAAGAAAGAAAGAAAGAGAGAAAGAGAAUAAGAGAAAAAAAAAAAGAAAGAAAAAAGGAAAAAAAAGAGAGAGAAAAGGAAAAAGAAACCUGAUAGCUAUUUGACCUUGGAUUCUCUCUGGGGCUCCAGGUGACCAGGAUACCAAUCCACUGUCCCUUCCCUAGAGGCCUCUGCCCUCCUUGGAGGCUGGAGGUUUGCCUGAUUUUGGGGGGUGGGGUGGAGUGGUAUUGCUCACUCACACGGUGGCAUAUUUUUCUCCUCCUUCUCCCAGACCUUCCUCCUGUGUCCAGAAAUGGAGGCUGGGAAGAGGGCAAGAGCUACAGUCUCUACCUGCCCUUUGCCCACUGCCUGCUCAGAAGACGGAGGGAGGGGAGUGGAGAGGGGGCUCCAGAUGGUGGAGGUUCCUGGUCGAUGCUCAAAAUGGCAGCUCUGGCUUGCUGGGGGUGGAUUGGGAAGGGGACGGGCUCUUUCUCUUCCUACCACUCAGUUCAUCCAUUGCUUUCCUCUGCCCUGCCACAUCUGGGUGUUCCCUCUUGGUCUCCGAGAGCCUCCUGGCUCUUCGCCUCCCCAGCCUUGACUGCCAUCCCUUGGGUCUCAGGGGGCUCCCCGCCCCUCAUGGAUCUGGGUGGCCUUGCCCUCUUCCUCUGGAUCCUCAUGGGAAAGCCGUGUCAGACUCCAGAGCCCCUUCCUCCUUUUAGCUUUGAGAAUAUAGAAUAAACCGAACACCCUACCCUGGCCAAACCCAGCCAUGAGCAUGAUUCCUACUGAGCUGCUUUUGCUUCCAAAAUGGGGGAAAAAAAAAAAAAAAAAAAACCUAAAUAUGUUACAUCCCACCCACCAAACACACACACGUCCCUACAACCCUAUUUUAGUCCCUCGGGGAUGGAAUCCACGAAAGAGCUCAUUGUCCAAGGGAAGCAGUGGAUGUCCUCCUCCAGAUGGGCUCUGCAUCUGGAGGAGGGAACAGACACUCUGCCCAGGGUUGGGGAGCUGGCCAGGGGAGGAAGUUGCUGUCAUACUGGAGACCCACAAAGCACAGGGCCUGGGGACCCCAGGCCCAGUGAGCCCAGUGGGAAAACCUGGGUCCAGAGAGUGGCAUGGAAUUCCUGGCUCGUGAGCUCCUCAGUCCAGGGGGAGGAGGAGGAGCUGAAAGCGCUUUGGCCUUGUGUUAUGUUUUGCUUCUUUUCUGUGUCCCCUGUUAGCACAUUGUACUUGAAUUACCUCAGUUUUUUGUGACCUCAUGAGCUUUUUUAACCCCUGUAUCUCUUUUUUGGUUGGGGGUUGGAGGAAUGGGGAGGAUGUUCUGUUCUGUUUCUUGUGUAAAGUGAUAGUUGGCUUUAGACUUCAGCUGGCCAAGGCCCUCCCCAUGCCCUUGGGGACCAGCCUCCCAGCCCACAGGAGCCAGACAGAAGAGUUGAACACUCAGGAUCUGAAUGGGAGGGCAGGAGGAGAGCAAGGAAGAUGGGUGGGCAGAGGAGAGGCAGUGGUGUCUCACUGUCCCCAUGGGACACUCGGGAGUCACUGUCAGCUCUGCUCAUGGCUCACAUCAUCUGUACCCAGCAUUGCUCUGCCUGGAACACUGUGGAGAAAAGUCCCACUGUCCUUACAAUUUGCUGGGUCAUUCAGGCUCCAGGGCCUGUCUUCUUCAGAUCCUUACAACUGUGUGGUCCCAACUCUGUGUGCAUUAUCAUUGCCAAAAUUGGUAUAUUUUUGUGGCUGGUCGGGGUGACCCAGCCUUGGUUUUGUUGCAUUGGGGUGGGUUGUUGUUUUCUAAAAGCUACCUCUUACGUUUGUCCAGCCAUUCUUCUGUUUCUCUCAUGAGUCCCUUCUGCUGCUCUGCCUCCCCUCUUGCCCCAGCCUCCCCACCCUGAAUUUUGGAAAGCACAUUUGCAAUAUUCGUGUAUGCUUUGGGACGGGCCCUCCGUUUCAUCUCAUGCUUUAUGUGAUAAGUUUUUUUUUUUUUUUUUUCGUUUUGUUUUUGUUUUCUUUCCUUUCUCUCUCUGAGAAAGUUGUGGCUGCGUUUUGAUCUUAGGUUUGAAAAAAAAAAAAGUGGUUUAGGGAAGUGAAUUUGGGGAGAAGGGUUGUGAGGAAUAUUGGGAAGUCGGAGGGAUGGGUGCUGCUGUGACCACCCCCCUGUCCCUCGGCCCCAUCCCUCUUGUCCUCCCCUCCAAUCUCGUCCACCAAAUCUGAAGGCCUUAAAAAUUGUGUGUUGGGGGAUGUGGAGCGGGGGUACUGUGUCACAAUAGGCGGUGGCUUAGGGAUGAUAAGGUAGGGAGGAUGCUAUUUUGCAACUAUAAUAAUGACAGUGCUUUGGAAAAGAAAAAAAAAAAGUUAAACUUGAAAUAGGUGACUAGAGCAAUUGUCAUGUUUAUAAUGUGAAAAGAGCGAAAUCUUUGGGGGGUGGGCAGUCUGUAAGAAACAGUUAUGCACUAUGGCUUCGUCUCCCGGUCUGGGAAGAAGGGGGACUCACUGGCCCUCAGGGGAUCUGAAAUCCCAGAAAACAGUAUUUUUGAACAGCAAGAUGUCACUCAACUUUGGAGGGGAAGGGAAAAAAAAAAAUCAAACUAUUCCAUAGAACUAGCUGGCCCCUCACUUCCUCGCCCUUCCCACUCAGCCUGGCCCCCCAUUCAUGAGAGCGGAGAGGGCUGAGCUAACCUUUACAAAUUGUAAUAUUUUUGUAAUAUUUGUUAGUUCCUUCGUCAGUUCUACAGGACCUUGCCCUUUCCUUUUGUAAUGUGAAUAGGACAAAAAAAAAAAAAAAAAAAAAGACAAAAAAAAAACUCAUCACCACCACCACCAACAGCAAGAUACCCUUCGUACGCGUGCUUGCAGGCGUGUGCUGUGUGUGCGGUUGUGUGUUCAGUCAGGCGAUGUUGUUGUAUUCGGGUGUUGCAGUGUUGGAUGGUACAGACUCGGCACCUGCCUGCCCCACCCAUCCUGGGGCUCUGCAGAUCCUAGAGGGAGGUGGAGGCAUGUUCCUGAGGGAGCAGGAAGAAGCACCUCUACUAGCUGUGUGCUCCCCACGCAGCCCCAGACACCCCAGUGGAGUCCCACGUGCUUCUUCUCCAGCUUCCUUCCACCCAGAGACUAAACAGUUCUAGGGUUGCCAAGGCCUUCUCGGCCCGGCCUGUGGCCACCAGGCCAGGUGGGAGGCUGUAUGGGGGCUUUCACCUCAUCUGGAGCGCAGGAGUGGGGAGACCAGAAGAGUGUUCCCUCCCCUCUCCUCUCUGCCGUCUGGCCACCACUGCCCUUGGCUGAGUCCUGCAGAAUCCAGACUUGAUACUGCCUUAUCCAGCACCACGAACCACCCCUCCUGGAAAGUCCAAGUUGAUUAAUGGUCCCUUUCCCUACCCAGCUCCUACAAGUGUGUGACAUGACCCUCUCUCAUGUGCUCCUUCCCUAUUCACUCCUUUGUUCAUUCAAAGCAUUAAAAUCCUAUGUGUAUAUAGGAUAGACAAAUUUAUAUAUAGAGAGAUAUAUAUAGCAAGAGAGAUAUAAAAUAGUAACUAUCAUUGCUGCUUUGGGUUGCUUUGGAGGAGGCACGGAUAUGACGCAGGCAGAUCUGGGGCGCAGGGGGGCCCCCAGGAGGCUGGGGGACCUGGUGAUUCCGUACAAUCCAGGGAUGCAACAUGGGCUUGUUUAAUCUUUGUGCCUGAACAGAUUUUCCGUGUUGAAAAGAAAAAAAAAGGAAAAAAAAAAAAAAAAAAGAAAGAAAAAGAAAAGAAAAGAAAAAAAAAACUGCUGCAAUUUUUCACAAGUGUGUGGUACUUUCUGGGUGCUAUGGGUACACCUGCUGUGGGAGGAGAGGCCAUUGGCACCUUCCUGGACGGGAGUGAACAGGGACAGCCUUUGGACUGUUUGUGAGGGGAGGGGGGACUCGACCACUUCCCUGGCAAGCCGAACUAAGGUGAAGACUUGGGGCACCAGAUGUGAGACAGAAAAGCAGAAAGAGAUGAGACUCUGUUGGUUCAUUUUUUUCCCUAGGCCUAUUUUCUUGUCACCUUCCACCACCCCACCAUCUUGUCUCCUCCUUCCUGGAGCUUCUGCUGGCUUAGCUAGAAUGGCUUAGCUUACCUGGACAUUUCAGUGGGAGGACAAACAGUGGGAUUAACCCUGUGCGGUGGGCCAGAUGGGUAAAGGAAAAAGGCAGAGAUGGCCAAAAGAGGCGCAGGACAAAGCAGGGAGGUCUGGUCAGGGAAGAGCGUGAGGAGAACGCGGCGGGUAGGCCGGCAGGCCUGGUAGCCAGCAGCAGCAGCAGCCUCCCCUGUUCUCGGUGGCCCACUUUGCAGACAGGGUCCCAAGCCUCCCAGUGUGUAUCAUAGUAUUUGUUCACAUAGUGUUAUGCAUGAUCCUCGUAAGGUUAAGAAGCCGUGGUGGUGCACCAUGACAUCCGCCCCAUAUAUAUAAAGAUAAAUAUAUAUAUAUGUAUGUAAGUUAUAGCACUGAGGGCCCUGUGGCCCUGCUGGACCAAGCAAACUAAGCCUUUCGGUUUGGUAUUAUGUUUGUUUUGUUUUGUUUGUUCUGUGGCUUGUCUUAUGUCGUGACAGCACAAGUGCCAGUCCGAUUGCUCUGUAUUACAGAAUAGUGUUUCUGAUUCAUCAAUGUUCUAGUUAAUGUCUACCUCAGCACCUCCUCUUAGCCUAAUUUUAGGAGGUUGCCCAAUUAUGUUUCUUCAAUUUUACUGGUUACUUUUUUGUACAAAUCAAUAUCUCAAUCCCUCUCCUCCUCCCUCUCGCCCUUCUCUCUCCCUCCUCCCCAGCCUUGCCCUCCAGCUCCUCCCUGGCCCUCCUCCCUGGGGUCCCCUCUCCUGGUCACCCCCUCUUCCCUCCCUUCCUCUUGCCACCCCGCGCCCCCCACCCCCAGGUCCUGCUUGCCAGUUCUUCCUGUUCUCUGAAGCAGUUCACUCAGAGUUGUCCUGGUUGCAGCUUUCCGCAUCUGCCUUGUUUCGUGUAGAUUGAUGCGUUUCUUUGUAAUUUCAGUGUUUCUGACAAGAUUUAAAAGAAAAAAAGAAAAAAAAAAAGAAAAAAUGAAUUUACUGCUGCAGGUUUUUUUCUCUCUCCAUGUGUCACUAAGUGAAGUUUGU